AUGGAGCCUCUGUUCCCAGCCUCCCCACUGACCAGCUGGAAUGCCUCCUCGGCAGCCACAGGCAGCGGCGGCGAGAAUGGGACGCUGGCGGGGCUGGUGCCCUCACCGGGCGCCCGGGCGGUGGUGGUGCCCGUGCUCUACCUGCUGGUGUGCACAGUGGGGCUGGGCGGCAAUGCACUGGUCAUCUACGUGGUGCUGCGCCACGCCAAGAUGAAGACAGUCACCAACAUCUACAUCCUCAACCUGGCCGUGGCCGACGUGCUCCUCAUGCUGGGGCUGCCCUUCGUGGCCACGCAGAACGCCAUCUCCUACUGGCCCUUUGGCCCCGUGCUCUGCCGCCUGGUCAUGACGCUGGACGGCAUCAACCAGUUCACCAGCAUCUUCUGCCUGACUGUCAUGAGCGUGGACCGCUACCUGGCCGUGGUCCACCCCAUCCGCUCUGCCCGCUGGCGCCGCCCUCGGGUGGCCAAGCUGGCCAGCGCCGCGGUCUGGGCCUUCUCUCUGGUCAUGUCACUGCCGCUGGUGGUGUUUGCGGACAUCCAGGAGGGGUGGAACACCUGCAACCUCAGCUGGCCGGAGCCUGUGGGCCUGUGGGGCGCCAUCUUCAUCAUCUACACGUCCGUGCUAGGCUUCUUUGGGCCGCUGCUGGUCAUCUGCCUGUGCUACCUGCUCAUCGUGGUGAAGCUGAAGGCGUCGGGCAUGCGCGUGGGCUCCACGCGGCGGCGCUCAGAGCGCAAGGUGACCCGCAUGGUGGUGGUGGUGGUGCUGGUGUUCGUGGGCUGCUGGCUGCCCUUCUUCAUCGUCAACAUCGUCAACCUGGCCUUUGUGCUGCCCGAGGAGCCCGCCUCCGCCGGCGCCUACUUCUUUGUGGUCGUGCUGUCCUAUGCCAACAGCUGCGCCAACCCCUUGCUCUACGGCUUCCUCUCCGACAACUUCCGCCAGAGCUUCCGGAAGGUUCUGUGCCUCCGCAAGAGCUACGGCACUGAGGACGCGGAUGCCACGGAGCCGCGGCCGGGCCAGAGCAGCCGGCUGCAGGAGGCCAUGCUGCCCACACGCAGCUGCAAGGCCAACGGGCUCAUGCAGACCAGCAAGCUGUGA